UGGCUAACGAAAGACAAAACUGAUUGAACCGGAGCACUGUGCCAAAUAUGAUAGUCCGAGUUUUUCCACAGCAAUAAUUUGAGCCAACUAUUUCGAGAGCUCUUGGGUAUUUCUGUCAGGGAUAUACUUGUUAGCAAAAUUUGGCCACGAUACUUGUUUAACAAAAGGAGAACUGUCAUUUGUAUGAACAGAAAACGGGCUCUCAUUUCAGACACUUUGAUGGCGAAGAAAAGAAAAAAUGCCACAGAGAAGUUUGGAGCUGUCAGUGAUGGCGAUGGACCAACUGACAUCAAAUCCACCUUGGAGUACCUCAUGACGCUGUUCCCCAGAAAGCUCUUCAAUGACACCUUGCCUCAAAUUGCUCUCAAGCACCAGCUCUACAGUAUACACAGUGACAAGACACUGGUGGAUAAGGAGGUGAACAAACUGCGGGAGAAAGGAGAACUGCUGAUGUUCCAGCUUGGGUUUGAUGCUGAAGCGUUCGGGCUGAUUUUUGCUUCAGACUACAAGACCAAAGUGCUGGCAGGAGAGGAGGGCAAAGUGACACGAGCAGCAGUGGAGAAGUUCUUGGAGAAAGUGUUAUCGUCUUGCAGGGAUCUGAGCUUCACAAAAGACAAGAUGCUCAAGGAGUUCCUCUUCACAGACUCCGAGAUAACGCAGCUGGUGAAGUCGGGGGUCCUGACUGUGAGGGACGCAGGCAGCUGGUGGCUUUCCAUUCCCAACUCUGGCAAAUUCACCAAGUACUUUAUACAAGGUCGUAAAGCAGUGCUCGGCAUGGUGAAGAAGUCCAAAUAUAGUGAGGUCUUAAAAGCAGAACUAGAGGAACGACGAACAACUUCACAAGUUAAAUUCCACAUGAAAUAUCACAUCCAUGACAUUGUUGGUGCAGAGUUGGUAGAGAGCGUACCUACAACUUCGGGGAUAUUGUUACGAUUUGUUGAUUCCUGAACCACAGCAGCGGGACUGAAGCCAGUUACUGAAGAUAAAGAAGGCAUAAGAUGAACAGAUGCUUGUACAGGGAUGAUGAAUUAUUUUUCAGAUUUAGAGAAGACAAAUGUAUUUUAAAACCUUGUGGGUUUAUGAAUUGUCAAUUGUGUUGACGUAUUUAGGUUUUCAUAAUAAAAAAAAAAUUACUUGA